ACUUCUGCCGUCAUUGUCAGCUCGUCUACCAAGGCCUCUUCGACCUCUUCUUCAGCCGUUCCCACCUCUAGCAGCACUGGUAGCGGAAAGCGUGGUCUUGCUUACAACACUGCCUCCCUCCUGACCUGCUUCGAGGACAGCACCCAGGUCAGCUGGGGCUACAACUGGGACUCUGACAGCGCCGGUCUGUCCAGCAGCUUCAACUACGUCCCUCUCCUUUGGGGCCUGAGCCACACUGAUGUCUGGAACUCGCGCGCCACCAGCGCCAUUGCCAACGGUGCCACUCACUUGAUGUCCUUCAACGAGCCCGACAUGACUUCUCAGGCCAACAUGUCUCCCGAGGAUGCCGCUUCCGCUUACAAGACUUACAUGAUGCCCUUCGCUGGCAAAGCCAAGCUUGGUGCUCCUGCCGUUACCAACGGUGGAGGUAGCAUGGGUCUCAACUGGCUCGCUGCUUUCCUCGAGGCCUGCGAUGGUUGCCAGGUUGACUUUGUCACCAUCCACUGGUACGACUCUGCCUCCAACACUGCCUACUUCAAGGAGCACGUUCAGAACGCCACUGAUGUCGCUGGCGGCAAGCCUGUCUGGGUCACUGAGUUUGCCCCUACUGGCAACCCCUCGAACGCUGACAUCUCGACUUUCCUCGAGGAUGUCAUGCCUUGGAUGGACAGUCAGUCAUUCGUCGAGCGUUACAGCUACUUCAUGGCUUCCGACGGUGCCCUCAUCAGCGGUACCGAGCCCUCGACCUUCGGUCAGACUUAUGCCACCUACUCUUCUUAA